AUGAGGAAAUCAAUGCUCCUGAUCCUGUUUGGCUGUGCAGCAAUUUUGGGCUGCAAUGUGAUUCAAUCAGCAAGCGCAAUGACUCAUGUUGUUGGGGGAAGCUUUGGCUGGACCGUCCCCCCAAACAAGACCUUCUACCAGGAAUGGGCUAAACCCCGAACCUUCGGCGUCGGCGAUGAACUGAUGUUCCCAUUCAGGAUUGGAAUGUACAAUGUGCUGGAGGUGAGCGAGAAGGACUUCAACGCCUGCACUCAGGACAACGUCGUCGAGAUGUACUACAAGGGUCCCACCAUCGUCAGCCUCAACAAGACCGGCGGCCACUUCUUCUACUCUGGCGUCGGCCUCCAGUGCGAGAUCGGCCUCAAGCUCGCCAUCAACGUCACCUCCGGCCCUGGCUCCGCUGGUGCUCCCCUCCCCGCCUUCGAUUUCGCUGCCAACGAGGUGUCGCCGCCACCCGCAGUGCAGGCAACUCCUCUUCCGCCCCACGCGUCCUCGGCCGCAGCUUCUCUUAGCGGCGUGAGCGUUGGCCUUGUUUCUGCAUCAGGGUUGUUGGCUUUCUCGCUUUCUUUGUUCAUCUGA